CCUAUUUUAGCUCAACCUUUAGAGAACGUUCUGGGUACUUUAGAGAACGUUCCCUAAAGGUUGAGCUAAAAUUAAAGUUACUUUUAUACAACCUUCAUACGACCUUCUAGAGAACAUUCUCUUUUGGUUCCUCUAAUGUUACCUUUAUACGACCUUUAGAGAAUGUUCUCUUUUGAUUCCCAGAAUGUUUCCCUCAUGUUAAUUUGUCACAACCGUCAUACAUUAACAUGACGGAUUACACAUUGCACAUUAGGCAAAUGAGUAGGCAAACUUGAUAGAAUUAAAAGUUUAAUUUUCAAUGACCCAAACAUACAAAAGUAUAUACAAAAACAAACUGGAUAUUCUCCUAUUUUCCAUAAUAUUCUAUGUAAACUCUAGAGAUGGUUGUCAUAGAAAGUAGUACCAGUACCUAUCUGUGCCCAGGGAGAAAUGGGGGAUUGGGUGCCUUGCUCAGGGGAACCCCAACCCUUGGGAUUUGAGAUGAUAAGUAGAAGGUUGCAAGCCCAAUUUGUUUUUCUCUCCUAUAAAGAAGUAUUUACACUUACUCCACGUAUUUUAGAGUACAAAUAUCGGGGGGGAAACAACUCCAUAUGCACGCAUUUUUACUUAAUAACGUUUCAGCCUUCAAGCCUUCUCGGAUCUUGAAGAAGACCUGAAGGUCAAAACAACUGUGAAACGUCUUGGUCGUAACCAUUUUAUUGCUCUCGUUCUAUUCGGCGGACACUGAACACACCACCGUGUUAAGUCCUAACAAGAUUUCAGCACUGACGUGACGUCUUCUAUCCAAACGCAGGGUUUAGCCAGUAUGUCAAAGGAGGCAGAUCACCAUGAGGGCGGAGGAGACGAAGAGUCAAAGGAGGAGAGGGACCAGGAUGGUUCUGAGGAGACGAUGAGGAAAAGAGUCCGGGCAAAUACUCCACAAGCCAGUCCUCCCAAGUUCGUCUCUGUGGAGGAGCUCAUGGAAACCGCCAAGAACGUCACCAACAUGGCUUUGGCUCAUGAAAUAAUAGUCAACCAGGCUUUUCAAAUCAAACCUGCAGAACUCUCUGAAGGAAGUUUGGAGCACAGAGUGAAAGAGAUCAUGCACAAAGCAUUCUGGGACUGUUUGGAUGCACAGUUGAAGGAGGAUCCACCGUCAUACGAACAUGCUAUCAAACUUCUCGCUGAGAUCAAGGAGACUCUGCUGUCUUUCUUGCGCCCGGGCCACGGCCGCCUGCGCUCCCACAUCGAAGACGUCCUGGACCUGCCUCUAAUCCAGCAGCAGGCUGAGAACAGAGCUCUUGACAUUGGUCAACUUUCCCAGUUCAUUGUUGGGAUGAUGGGCUCCCUGUGCGCCCCCAGCAGAGACAGGGACAUCAACAAGCUAAAAGAGAUCACAGAUAUUGUGCCACUGUUCAAGGCAAUAUUCUCACUUCUAGACCUGAUGAAGAUGGACAUGGCUAACUUUACCCUGAAGAGCAUCAGGCCUCAUUUGAUGCAACAGUCUGUUGAGUAUGAGAGGAACAAAUUCCAGGGGUUUGUGGAGAAACAACCAAAUGCAUUAGACUACACUGAGAAGUGGCUCGAGGACACAGUGAAACACCUGAGGGAGUCUGGCCAGGAUGGUUUGAGUGCUGCCUCAUCUAACCCUCCAUCUCUUCUCUUUCAAAAUGUCCAUAAUCAUGCCUAUCUACGCCUGCUGAAGUGGGACCAAGCCUCAGACCCCUUCCCAGAGACAAUGCUGAUGGAUAAAGCUCGGUUCCAGGAGAUGCAACAGGAGGUCGAUCGGUUAGUCCUGCUCUCCUCUGUGCUUCUCAUCGUCUACACUACAGCUGGGGAGGCUAUCUCAGGCCUGCCCGGGUUGAUGGACACACUCAAAAACACCGUCAACGUCAUGCUUACCGAUAUGCAUGCACCGUCUUUCAAUGCGCAGGAGGCCUUGGCCACCAUUGGAGAGAAGCUGUGUGUUGAACUAAGUCAGUGCCUCAGCCAACAUGGCUACUCCCCAUUCUCCGCUGACAGAAAGGACAUUCUGAAGGGUCAGAUCUCCGCCACCGUCCAGUCAGACAACACAGUUCGUAGGCUGAUGGACUCUCGGGUUCAGACGUACCUCCUGUCUUUCCUGGAAUCCAGUCAACCUAAGACCCCUCCUGCUCUCCCGGGAGGUUUGGCUCCGAUCAGCAGAGAGCUGAAGGAGCUCGCCGAUCUCUUCACCGGCCUCGUUAACUUCAACAAGCUCGUCUACUCCCAAUUCUACCAAAAAAUUCUCCAGAACAUACUGACAGCAGGGGGGAUGUCCAGCACAGAGACAUAAACAUGACGUCAUGAUGUGGAAAUUUUGUCUGCAUUUUCACAUCCCCCCCCCCGUAACUGCCCAUCAUCUCAGUCACAUUAACUCACAGUGUUGCUUAUUGUUGAGUCUCAGCCUAAAUUGUGACCUCACAAUAUUUAUCCUGUAUUUUUAAAAGCCUUUGUACAGAAAUAGAUCACUGUUUUACCAUGCCCAGUCUUUAUUCUAAGCUAAGCUAACUCCCCCCAAGUUGUAGCUUUGUAUUUACACAUCACAUCAAGAGUGUUAUUGACCUUUUCAAUCAAUCCUCCAAAAAGAAGAAUUAAGCACAUGUUAAGUGUAGUUCCACCUCAUACCACAGAGUAGCAGUAAGACCUGGGAAAACUAUGUUUAUGUGAAGAAGCUGAUCAGUAAGAAACGAGUAUAGAGUGGGUCAGUGAUAGAGCGGGUUUGUCUUUCAACCAAAAGGUUGUGGGUUUGAUUCCUGUAUACCUGACACCUCCAAAGCCUGCUGUGCCAGCACUGACGAAUGGAUAUAAUAGAUGUAGUAUAGAAAAACUGCAUUUACUCACCAACAAACAGCCUAAUCUCACAAGCAGAGAGGAUCACUUCUUUAUGGAUUUCUGGCUCCUGGUUGGAUAAAUUGCUGUAGGUUUCUAACCAGUCUGCAAACACAGAAUGUAGAGUUAUUUACACACAUUUUAACUAAGGAGUUUCACUGACCGCAGCUUUAACAGGUCUUUAACAGCUUAAAAGCCUGGUGACAUUUUGCAUAGAUGUUGAAAUCUCUGAGGGUCGGAAUAUUUGUACUGGAUCAUGGGGGCAAUGAAAGAUUUGCUGUGCAGCAGGGGGCCAAUACCACACAGUAUACAGAGCUGGUCUGAAAAAAACGAAAAGCAUGGAACUCUUUUUUAGUAAAUUGUCACACAGAGAAGGGAAGAUAAAGGUUGUGAAUAAAUUCAACUGAAGGGAGGCCAGGCUGGUGAUGAAGAACAACUUUAACUGUUGCUCAUUUAGCUUUUUUUUUUUUUUUAACCCUUCACUUAUGUUUGACACUUCGAUUGUUUAUUCGAUUGUACAUUUAGAAUAUUUAUUUCUGACAAACAUAUUGCUUUGCCUCUUGGUCUUGACAUUUCCAAUGCAAAUUUUUAACUUGAACCACAAUUAUGGUUGCUGUCAUCACUCUAGAUAGGUGGACAUUUUUUUGUGAAAAUGAAAAAUUUACAGCACAUUAUUAGCUGUUCUCCAUAUUUGUGACAAGUCUUCAUCAAACAUCUCAAUAAAGCAUUGUUAGUCCUAAA